AUGAAAGUCUCAUCUGAAGAAUCAAAAAUGGGUAGAAUUUUUCGUCGCAUUAUAUUCGCCCCUCCGGAUGGCGAUUGCAAGCUCGGCUUAAGCUUGUCUGGAAUUCGGAGAAGUCCACAAUGUUUAAGGCAAUCCCUAAACUUAUCAACAGCAACGGUUGAUGACGAAUUCGAAAAGUUGUUAGAUGACCUUGACCAGAAUGAAGCCAUGUGCAAAGAGCUUAUUGAAUUAUUUCAUCACUAUCAAACUUGCUUAAUGGAUUUGCUUCAGAGUUCCUUCAAAGUCGGCACUUCGAUGAAGCAGCUUUUUCAUCUGCAAUUUGGUGACAGUAGUGAAAUUCUGGUUGGAUCGGAAGAACAAUCCAAUUGUAAGAGAUAUAUCUCCAUUAUAGAGGAGUCAUUAUUGUCCUUGAAGGAUACAUUUUCCACUAUUCCACAGUCCAUAGACACGGGGUUCUACCACAUUUUGGGAUUUUUUGACACCAUUCGUAAGAACAUCAGGAAGCGAGAUAUGGCUCUUUUAGAUUAUGACAAAAUUCUCGACAAGUUCGACCCAAUAUCCAUAAAAAAAUCCACUGGUACCCUCAGCAUCAAACAAACUCAGCACUAUCAUAGCAUUGAACGACAAGUUGACCACUACAAGUCUGUAUUCGACAAUUUGAAUAAUAUGUUGAAAACUGAGCUUCCAUAUUUUUCUAAAUUAGUCUCUCUUCAUAUGGAUUUGAUGUUUCGGUAUAUUUUUUACCUUCAGCUCACCAACACUUACCAGUUUAACAUGAGUCUCUUGACCUUAGGGCCACCCAUGAAAUUUUUAAAAGAUGAAGUUGUCAAUCCUGAAUUUUACGCCAGCCUCAUCGGAAACUGUGCCGUUUCCAAGUUGAAUGAUCCUGAUUUGAAUAUCAUAUCAUUUCACAAGCUGCAUUUGGAACUGCUUGUUUACAUGGAAAACGCAGGUGUUAGGGAUAGUCGCAUGAACUUUGACCCAUACUUCAACUACUGUAUCGCAUUGUUUAAUUUCUCUGCGCAAUCAAUGGGCGAUCUCAAUUUCCGAAAAGGAGAGAUCAUCAAGGUGAUUCUGUCUGUUGGGGAAUGGUGGCAGGGGGAGUUGGGAGAUGCAGUUGGAAUGUUUCCAUCAAAUUACGUAAAGAUGAUGACCAAAUAA